GGAGUCUUCUGAGCGUUGUCCCUCUCAUGUCCCCUCUGUUCAGGAUCUCAUCACUUGCUUUUUCAGCUGCUCCUUUCCCCGCCGACAACCUUUCACCGCCCUUUCUUCGAAAUUCAUGCACCCACUCAUUAACCCUAACCUACACCAAAUUUCUAUAUUUUUUUUAAACAAAUCCAAAAGAUUAAUUAUAUUACACAUACACACAACAAUUAAUCUAUCUAUAAAAACACAUUUCACUUUUCCAUUACGCAAACAAAACCUGCUCCUCAAUACCCAAAUCAAUCCUAUCAAAUUCAAUCAAGCUUAACCAAAUUCACUCCGAAAUCGUGUCAAGGAAAAGCAAAGUGAUGGAAAUCGCAAUGGCGUUGAAGGCGACCGAGCUCAGAUUGGGAUUACCGGGCACCGACGACGAAUCCGUUUUUCCCGGCAAGAACAACAAGCGAGCCUCGCCGGAGACGGCGGAGGUUAAUAUCAGCAACGGUUCCAAAGCAAUUUCCGUCAAAUCAGGCGAGGCCGAGUCGGCUUCGCCAGCUCCCAAUGCAUCUAACCUGUUUGAUGAAAUGUCUGUGUGGGACAGGGCUCAGAUAGUUGGGUGGCCGCCGGUGAAGUCCUACCGGAAAAACAACGUACAGGCAAAGAAGAGUGAGAAUGAGUCGGGGAUGUAUGUGAAGGUGAGCGUGGAUGGGGCGCCAUUCUUGAGAAAGAUCGAUCUGAAGCUCUACAGUGGAUAUGCAGAGCUAAUUCAGGGUUUGGAGGCCAUGUUCAAGCUCACCAUAGGUGGUGAGUACUCUGAAAGGGAAGGGUAUAAAGGAUCUGAAUAUGCUCCGGCUUAUGAAGAUAAAGAUGGUGACUUGAUGCUGUUGGGGGAUGUUCCAUGGGAAAUGUUUAUGUCAAGUUGCAAGAGGUUGAGGAUCAUGAAAGGAGCAGAAGCCAGAGGAUUGGGUUGUGCUUCCCUGUGAGGACAGUUUUUCAUGUUUUUUAUGCUUAAUUAUUCCAUUUGAGAAAGAACUGAAUAUGCAGUGAUGGUAUAUCUCAUGAAGGGAGGGAUUUAUUAUGAUCAAGGCUUGGGUUCUCGAAGAACCUUCAAUAUAUUUUUUUUUUUUUUUGUUUUUUUUCCUCCAGAUGACCUUGCUCGAUGGCUUGAGGGGUUUG